AUGGACGACGAUAAGCUGAGCAACCUUAUUCAGAAAAUAGGACACAAUAUAGAUGAAAUUCGAGAUAGAUCAAUGAUCAUGUUAAUACAAAAAUAUGAAAAAAAUAUAAUAAACGAAACACACUUUAAGAAAAGAAACUAUUUUUUUGACGUUAUCCUACGAUACAUUAAUGAUAGAAAUUGUUCUAUUCCACUGAAAAAUUUAAUACACGUUUUGACAUUUGUUCAUCGCAUAAUAGAGACCGAUGAAGAGAUCAAAAAAAAAUUCGAAGAAUUCGGCAUAUACACAUUCACCAAGGAAUUCUUAUCUCAUUUCAAAAAGAAUGAAGAAAAGUACAAAUUCAACAAUGCCAGGAGCAAGUUAAAUGAUACAAAAGGUGGAGACAAGUGCAUAAAAACAUGUGACAAGAUGCAGCUACAAAAUAAUAACAAUGAAUACAAUCAGGUAGGUAAAAUUCUGAUAGAACUGAUUCGUGCAUAUAAUGCCAACGAAAGCGAAGAUUUCUUAAAAUGGGACACUGAUGAACGUACAUCUAUGUUAGAUGUAAAAAAUGCAACAGGUGAUGAAAACCAUGCGAUCGAUGGCUGCAAAAAUGUAGAGGAUGAUCUUCUUGGAACCAACACAAAUGUUGAUGUAAGAAAAAAUUCCCAGAAAAAAAACAAAGAUGAACAGAAAUCAGGAGAUAUAGGAUUAAAUGAAGAAGGACAUAUAAAUGACUUAUCAUUGAAUAAAAAUCACACUCUCGAAAAUCCGACGAUUAUUUCCUCACAGGUAGGUUACCACACUCUUGAGAAAGAAAGAGUAAACACAAAGAAUGCCUCUGUACAAUUACUCAACAAUGAGGAUAAUAUAAUUCCUGAAAAGGAUCUAAUGAACAUAAGUCAAAUAAUGAAAAAAAAUAACUACGUAAACAUAUUUACAAAAAACAAUUUUUCAAAAAGUGAUGACUUUGAAUAUUACAACUCCUUAUAUUCUCUGAAAAAUGAAGUGAAUAAAAAGAGCAUACAUUUGUUAUUAACUUAUAAGAUGCAUAAAGCUAACAAAAUAAGGGAAGAAUAUGCUUAUUUUAAUUGUGGAUCCUUGUCUAUACCCAGAGUUGUAAAAAAUCAUUCCAACUUUGACGAAAGAGAUUAUAUUCAUAUUUUAAAUAAUUACACAUUUCUCUAUUUAUAUAAUUUCUUCGACUGCUUUGACAUGUUCAAAAGGAACUUUUUGGAAAUAAAUGGGAUAGAAAAAAUGGACGAUUCAAUAAAGAGUGAUAAGGGAAAAAGUUUAAAUGAUAAAAGCAAAGAAGAAGAAAAUAUGUACAUGUCCUAUUGUACAUACUUAAAUAAUAAACAUGUAUAUAACAAAAACAUAUGCUAUAAAAUAAAAAAUUAUAUUAACAAAAUGAACCUGUUGCAUUUCUACCUAAGUAUGAAAUUCAGCUAUUUCGAAUUAUUAGGAAUGAACAUAAUAAAAAAAAUAAUAAGUGUAGAUGAUCUAACAUAUAUGCAUAAAGAAGUCAACAAAAUUUUAAAUGAAUAUAUAUACAUUUUUAACAAAGAUUCACUCCUAUUUAAUUACAAGUUUUUAUACACACUUAGUUACAAUAUUCAAUAUAUAUACAAAAAUUAUGUUGAAAAUAAUCAAUCAGUAAAUGAAUUUCAUCAUAUAAAUAACCUUCUCAACAAUUUGUCAUACCUUAUAUACAUCAUAGUUUAUAGUCUGUAUAUCAGCAUAAAUCAAAAGGGGGAAUGUCUAUGUAACAGCAUACACAGUAUUUAUCUUAAUAACUUCUUUUUCUUAAUUAAUCAAAAUAUAUUCUACUUACUUCUUCUUCGAAAAAGUAGAAAAAAAUACAACUAUAUUGGAAAAAAUCAAAUUGAAAAAUCCAAUGAAAGCCUAGAUCAUCUGAACGAACUCCUCAGAGAAAGGGAAAAAAAAAACCUACUAUCAGAAAACAAUAUAAAUAGCAUAAAUAAUAUAAAUACAUUUUAUUUUAAAAAAAAUGAAGAAAGGGCACUUCGAAAAACGGGAGAUGAUAAUGCCAUUUCACAUUUUAAUGAGAACGAUAUGUAUUACUAUUUAUUCAUAACAAAAAAUAACUGCACCUAUAUUUUUAAAGUUUUAAUUUUAUUCAUGCUAGAGAUAUUAAAAAUUUCCCACUCCAAAAUUAGUACCAUAGAUAAAAGUUUCUCUAUCCUUAAUUUUCACAUAGACCACUUUGUCAUCAUUUACGAUUUUUUGUAUAAUAUAUUAUUGCACUACUUUAGUGAAUCAGAUAGGAAAAUAAAUUCACAUUUGGAAAUUCUCAUUGAAUACAUCGAAGAAAACAAUUUUAGAGGGUGUGGAAAUAAAAAGUCAAAACAGAAUCAGACUCAAAAUAGUAACUAUAUUUCCAAAAAUUUAACCACUAACAAGUUAAACAAUUUCUCGUCUUCCUCUUCCAACACGUCUAAUGAUUUAAAAAAAAAUAAAUUUGAAAAUAUUGAUAUGUUUAGUAAUUCUUCAUAUCGCAGAACAUACAAAUACACUCCUAAACAAGUAGAGGUCUUGAAAAUUGUCUGUCUAUACAUUAACUACACACCUGUAUCAUUCAUUUUAAUGAAAAAGAUACAAACGAAAUUAAUUGACCUAUUUAAAUUUUUUCUCUUCGAUAUGCAUUUAAACACUCAUCACAUAGAAUUAUUGUACUUUUUUAAAAUGUUUUUUUUCUUCUACGACUACGAAAUUUAUAAGGAGUAUAAUGACCUAGUCCAUUACUUUUACUCCUUGUCAAAUAUAUUCUUUGUGUAUAGUAACAUUGAUAGAGAAGAAGAAUUGGGUACAUGGUCUUUGAAAAAUAGUCAAAACAGCACAAGUGGUAUAAUCGGUAUGAGUAACCUAUCGGGAAUAAGAACCACUAAUUUCCAUUCAGACAUUUCUACCUUUAUAAACACCAGCAACAAUAUUUUCCACUUUUUUUUCUUCAUCCCAACUAGCUAUUCCACUCUUAAUGAAAUUCUAGAAAAAUACUACACUUCAAAUAAAACAGAAGAUAUAUCCUCCAACCAAGCUAAUGAAAUAUUUUCAAAUUCGAUCAACGCAAAUGAUGCAGUAUUUCUUCAAACUCUGGAACCAUUUAAAUCGUCAGACUUUUUAGACACCCAAAGUUCUGUGAAAAAUUGCACAGCAGUAGAUGCACAAAAUAGAAAUGAAAAUACAACAUCGAAUUGUAUAAAACAGUUUUGCAAUAUUUUACUUUUACACAGUGAGAACGGAAAAAAAAAACAAUUAAACAAUUUUACAACUCAAGAAUCGCUCAUAGUUCAUGACAACCAAGUGAAAAACCUACCUUUUGAUUCCCACUUUAUUGAGAAAAUUACCAAAGUAGUAGUAGAAAAUAAUUUUAGAAUGUUAUUUAACUCUCUCUUUCUGCUAACAUCUGAGUAUAACAAUUUUACAAAUUAUGUGAAAUCUUAUAAAGAAGAAAACAUAUCCAUGUAUCAGUUUAUUGUUGACAAAUUAAGCGCAUGCAAAAAUAAAAUGUACAUACUAACAUUUAAUCACCAUUCAGAAAAUAAAAAAAAUAUUCCACAAAAUAUCAAGUUCAUCGAAUUGUUUAAAAAUUUUAUUCUCCUUCUACAUAACCUUAUUUCGGUAAUAUAUAGUUACAAUACAGAAAUUAUUUUUUUUUUAUUUAAUUUUAUUUUUAAUAUUAAUCAUCAAAAGAGUUCGCUUCACUGGGAAAACAAUAACUUAACAGAUAAUACUCAAUUUGUGCACUAUCCAUUCAGCCAUUUUCAGUACCAAAUGAGGAACGGUAAUUAUAAGGAGGCCAUGUCUGAUCAGAACAAUCUUCUCCAUAACACCAAAUUAGACAAAUAUGUAAAAAAUGGAAUCAUCUCUGAAAAUACACAUAUGGAACAUAUGAUCUAUGAACAAAAUAAUAAAAUGGACAAUAAUAAUUUCCACACCAUAAUUAACAACCCGGGUGAGAAAAACCAAAAAGAAAUCCCCAAGGAAUAUCUGGGCACACAAUAUGUUACUCACGCUUUUCCUCAAAGGGGAAAAAAUGAAUACGAUAUAUAUUUAGAGGAAGAAAGAAAAGAAAAAAAAAAUUUGGCGAAAGAUAAUUGUCAAAAAUAUUCAAACAAAAAUAUUGACCAAUGUGACCAACACAAAUAUUCUACAUUAGAAACGUCUCAAAUAGUCCUUACCAAUUUAGAUAGUAACACGAAAGUGGAGAUAAAUAAUUACACUAAUAAUGAUCUAUUUGAUCCGUCUACUUUCUAUACCAAUAAUAUGAACAAAUAUUCUCCAGAUUUUUACAUACCCUCUUUCCUAAUUUACGAAUUUAUUGACAUUAUAUACGAAUUGUGUGUAUAUAGCAAAAAGGAAAUAAGAAAUUAUUAUCUCUUUUUCAUACUUGAAAAUGUUAAGAAAAGAAUAGAACUUCAUUUUGAUUCACUCAAGGACAAAGAUAUACAUGAAAAAAAAAUGCUCUUAUCAAAUAUUAAAAUAUUCUCAAAACUUCUACUUUUUUUAUACUACAUUAAAAAGAAAUACAUAAUGCUACUUGAGCCAGAAACUUACAAUUCAUUCGACUUUUUGUAUGUCAAUUAUUUUUCUCCCAUUAUUCUCGCAUACUAUAAUGUUAGCGAUAGUAAUGAAAACAAUGCUGAUAACAUGAAAAAUGGAACAACUUCGAAAUCAAUAACCAACCUCCUUUAUUUCUACAAAAACGUAUUUUUAAAUGUUCACAAUUUGUACUUCCUUCUAUUUCAAAGAAAGAAAAAAAAGAGGAUCCUUUCACUUAAAAUAAUGUGGAAGCUGCAUCACCAGUUCAGAAUAAAAUUCACUAAGGUGGAAAACGUCUCAAAAAAUAGUGUUUCAAAAUGCACUGCUAUCAAUCCUGGAGAAACAAAAAACGAUUUAGGAAUCGUGGACUUGGAUAUAUACGGACAAAAUGAAUCUCCACUGAAAGGAAAAGAAGAUCAUCACAACCACUAUUCAUAUAAGCCUGCACAAAAAAAAGAAAAUCACCAGAAACAAUAUAACAAUACGUUUAACUUCUCAAGUGACUUGAAGUUUAGCACAAAUAUAUUAAACAUUUACAUAAGUCAUUUUAUACUUAAUCAUGAUCUAAACGACGAAGCGGUAAUCAUUCAAACUUUUCAAAACAUAGACAUUAAUAGGGAAGAAUUUCCCAUACAUCUUUUUGAUCACAUAAUGUCAUUUAUUUUGAAAAGAAAUGCAAAAUUCAGAACAAGCAAUAUGCAUAUAAGGAAAAUCCCAGUAGAUAAAAAACAAAUGAAAGAUUUACACAACAGUGACGAUUUUCUUCUUUCAAUUUAUGAAAAAAUACAAAUUCUAUACACAAAACUGAUAAAAGAAAUUUUAGCGAAAGAUCAAACGAAUACAAAUAAUAUUGAAUCAUUUACAUAUGUCUUAAAAAUAAUCAUUUUGCUCCUCAUUACUAAUUGUAGGAAUAGCAAUGUAUGUAAAAGAAUAUACAAAGAGAAGUAUUUUUACUUGUCUCACAUAUUUUGUUUUUUUUUUUACGAAAAUGAUAUUAUAAAAGCAUUAUCAACUAGCUUAAGUUUUUAUUUAAUAUUUGACCAAAACAUUUUAUUACUAAAUAAGCACAGGAUAUUUUUAGAACCACAUUUGCUAUUAGACUGCAAAAAUAGAAAAAGUGAAAUUGAAAUGAAUCCUGAAAAGGAAGAAAACACCAUUAAUCUAAUAUCUGAAGAAAUAAACUCACCAAGACAAAGUUGCACAAACAUACUAGAAAAUUCUCUAAUAAACGAAAUAAAGGUAGAACACAUCAAAGGGUAUUACAGAGAUAAUAGCAACAAUGUACACAUCUCAUGUAGCGAAAGGGAAGACCUAUCAAAUUUUUACGGGUUGCAAAAAUAUAGCACCAAAUUCUUUAAUCUAUAUAGAAAUAGGCACAUAGGGAAAAAUAAAUACGCACAAAAUGAUGAGCCUCCGAAUCAACUGGAUAAUAUAAACAAAGCAUCAUUUCAUAUAGAAAAAAAAAUAAUAUUUUUCCUUCCGUUUUGGCUUUAUAAAAAGUUACACCCAAACAAUUUUCUUCUAAAUAUUAAAAAGUUAAAAUCUUUUUUUUUCUUUUCCACUAAGUAUUCUUAUCUGCACACGUUCCAUGAUUCUAAGUUGAAUCAAAAAGAAAAGGAACUCUGCUUUUACGGAAACUAUAGUAGUGAUAAUAUAUUUAGGUCCUUCUUCCUAUUUGUUAAUAAAUAUUACUAUUUGUCAAAAAGCCUUUGUAGUAAACCAUUUGACAGCACAACACACUCGAUUCAUCAUAAAAGUGGUAGCACAACUAUUUUUAACCAAAGAAGAGGAUCUAAUGAAAAAUCAGAAACUAUAACAUUCCCCAUAGCAAAUAUAAAUUCUUUUCUUUUUUUAAAUACGACAUUGAAUACAAAAUAUAUAUUAGGAAAAGGGUCCUCCUACAUUGACAAAUUGUUACAAGUGUUAAAAAUCCUACCACCACUAAAUGAUUGCACAGAUAAUGAAAUAAACUUUCCAUACAUCUAUAAUUUGAAUGAAUUGUUUUCCUACCUGAAUAAUUGUUACAUGCAGCUGUUGUAUACAGAAAAAGAUCACUCCCAUUUUACACACGAGAAAAAUCAGGAACAUCAUUAUAAUCAAAAGGACAGAGAACAGUUCUCUAAACAGUGUGAUAAACAACUAGAUCAGCAAUUCUCUCAUAAACACAGUAAACAAUUUCAUGAUGGAAAAGAAUCGAAACAAAAUGUUAUCAACACAAGUUCGGGAAAUAUUCCAAAUAAGCACAUAUAUUCUCUCCUUCAAAAUGACUACGACGAAAUAGUUAAUAUCAUAAAUUUAGUUUACAGCACUGUGUUUCCUUACUUAAACAAACUUCUUUUUUUUAUGUACAAUCAGUUGACAGUGAAUAGGAAAGAAGAAAACUAUGCGAAUUGUGAGAGUACCCAAAUUGGCCUGAACAGGUCAGUUCAUGCAAACUUGAUAUUGUUGAAACAUUUUCUAGCCAUUUUCGAUAUAUGCCUAUACAUUCAUCUAAUAUUACAGAAGAAAACACAUAUUAAAGAAAAAAUAUACAAGUUAGACGAAAACAUAGAUCUCUCCCUUUUUGUUUACAAACUAUUGUACACAUCAGUUACUACGACAACUUUGAAGAAUAAAAUUUCCUGUUUUGCUUUAAAUAUCAUCUACAAUUUUCUGGAUCUAGAUAACUAUUAUAUAAGAAUAAAGAACAGUUUUCACGAUAAUUAUAUUGAUUGUAGUAAUAAAUUUAAUUUUAUGGAUCCACUAAAAAAUUUUAUUGAUCUUGAUGAUGAUACCAAUUGCGACGUACCUGACGAAGAAAGAAGAAACCCAAUGUUGCUAAAAGAGGAGAGGCGCAUAAGGAGUAAAAAAACAGAGAGAAGUAAAAACUUUUCCAUUUUAGUUAAUUUUCUUUUUUUCAUACUUUCUAAAUAUACAAAAAAAAAGAAAAAGAAUAAAAGAGAAACAAUCUCAGAAAAUAAGAUAAGCACAAACGACAACCUCAGUGGAAAGCGCAGUGCAAACCCUAGCGGCAACAACAUUUACUCCAACCUAAUAAAUGUGUACGAAAUUGAAAAGACCAUCAAUGUAGAAAAUGUCACGUUUCAAAAUCAAGAAGAGGAUUAUCUCAAAUUAGACAUAUACUUUUUAAAAAACAUUUUGUGCAUGCUCCAUGUAAUUAUGAGAAAGGGCUAUUUCUUCGACAUGCAUUUAGUUAAUCAUGACAUAUCAUACAUAAAUAUGGAUAUCUUAAUACACCAUGAUUAUACGAUCUUCAUCCAUGGAGCAAAGGUAGAAAGGGUACCAGAAAAUAGUCAAAAAAAAGAUUCUCAAGAUAACGAAAAAGCAAAGUGUGAAGUGAACAGCAGUAGUGGAACUGAACUACACUCCAAUAACAACCUAAACAUAAGCAUGCACAAACGCAAUUACAACAACUGUAUCACUGAGAGAGAUGUCAGAAGAAUCUCCCCAAAUUUUGAAGACAAUAAUGCUAGGAGUUCCUUCAAAAGAACCAGAAACUUGCAUACCUUCAAACAUGUUUUCCUAAACAGAUAUGUGAACAUCUUGACUAAGUUCUGUAAUAUUUACAACGACAUAAUUAUUGAAUGUUUGCAUAUUCAAUUGUUACUCCUUUUUUUUAAAUAUACACUUCAAGUAUUAAAAUAUGAAAUUUCAAAAGAACAUUUUAUAAAAAGUUCCCAUUAUUCAAAACAGCAAAUAUUAGUUCAUUUCUUAAAAUAUUACAAAGCUGAUAAACAAAUAUGUAAAUUCGUAAAGAAUAUUUAUUUUAUUAUUUUAAAAUAUGCUAUAUAUAUUCAAAAUAUUCGAAUUUGUAAUGAUUUUCUACCCCCUUUUAAGACUGAUAACAGAAUUUCAAAGGGAAGUAAUGGAGACACAAAUAAGGAACAACAAAACACAUUGAACAAACACAAUUACUUUUUGAGAGAGGAAGAUGCUUAUAAAAAUUAUUGUCAAUUGUUUUAUAAGUACUCGAUAAGUAAGUAUAAAAAUUGCAUGAACGUAGAUCAGGAUGAGACUUAUGAUCAUCCAAGUAACUAUUAUUUUAACAAGGAAGAUGACUUAAUAAAAGGACAAAUUUCCAAAUAUCAACAGAAUAAAAUGGCCAACCCAAACUAUGUUUCUAUGAUUGACAUAUAUUGUACUCAUUGUGAAGAAAUCAAAAUUUUGUUCUUAUCCAUUGUACUAUUUCUGAGCUUUUCAUUAGACAAUUUCCCUUUUUUUUUCUGUUUAAAUGGAAAUGAAAAACAUCCACAUGAUGAAAAGAAAAACCAGGAAAAUAACCAAAAGGACAAUAUAUCAAUUCUGUGUGAACAAAUUUUCUACUACUUAAGUAGAAAAAAUAUUUACAUAAAUUUUCGCACUUUAAAAGAAGCCAAAAUCCUGGAAAAAUAUUUUAUCAAAAUUUUCAUAAAACUCUUAUUUUGUGAUGAAAGGGAAGCAAUGAAUAAUCUGCAAAAGUACGAAAUAUAUUUUUACAAAAAUAAAAUAGAAUGGCCUCCCCAGGAUGACUAUCCUAGCCGAACGAGCACAAGUACAAGCGAUACGACCCUCCACCAGAAUAAUUCUGUCAAUUAUAAUAAUUCUAAACACGUAGACACUAAAUAUACCAGUUCCAGAAUUAACAUUCCUCAAAAGCAUAUGCAUAAAACAGACAUGGCAACAAAAAAACCAAAUGACAUCACAAACAGCAGCAUUAGUAAUGACAGCAGAAACGAACAAGAUGAAGUAAACAAAAAUAAUUCUAAACAAAUGAACGUAAUUAGCAAUGAUAAACUAGGAAUUUUCCAACAAAGGCACGUAGAGAGGGAGCGUAUCAUGUUCACACAAAACUUAAGCCAUGAUAAUCAUUUUUACAUAAAUCAUUUCCUCAAUUAUUUCCUAGUGGAAAAGAAAAAAAAAAAUAACUUGGAACUUAUAUAUGACAAAAUUUACUACUACAUUCUAAUCGUCAGUAUGUGUUUCAAAGACAAAAAUUUAUUAGCAUUACUGUUGUCAAAAGAUGAAAAAUUCUAUGAUGAAUUUAAUCAAAUGAUACAGGAAUACUUGAAAUACGUUUUAAAAUAUAAGGAAGAAGUAAAUAAAAAAAAAAAAAAAAAUGAAGUUAUGAUUCAAAAUUUGUUGUACAUAUUUGUUUCCUACAUAUAUAUAUAUUUAAACGAAUUGUACAAUAUUUUUUUUACGCAAGUAAAAAAUGUCUUGACCUUACCUUCCUUUUUUCAAAAUAUUAUAUAUGUGAAAAGCAAACAAAUGGAUAUUGUUAAAGAAAAAAAAAGUACCAUUCCAAUUAGAGCAGAUGAUACAUUAGUAGACACAUUUUACCAAACUUUAAUAAACAUGAAAAAAAGAAAUUGGAACAAAAAUUUAGAAAAUUAUACAGAUCAAAAUAUAAAAAAUGUGGUACUUCGUAACAUAUUUCAUAAUAAUAAUAUCUACUUAUUUAUUUUGUAUAUCAUAAAUGAUAAUAAAUAUACUACCAAAAAUGAAAAUAAAAAAAAAAAUGACAACAUUCUGUUGAAUCAGACAUUGUCUAAAGAUUAUAAAGAUAUACAUCGAAAUGACACCUUAGCAUAUUUUCAAUUACAUUUUAAAAAAAAUGAUAAAACAUUUUUAAACAAAAUAACAACUAAUAUUAUUUUAUUCUUCCUUUUAUUUUUUUAUGAUUAUUACUCAUUCAAUUAUGAAAUAAAAGAAAAUAUUCUCAUGCAAAUAGCAAGACAUAUUUUGGAACAUUUAACCACCUUCUACAAUUCAGACCUUUUAAAUAUACAUUUGAAAUUUGUACAAAUGAUAAAAAAAAAUAAUUUAAAAAAAAAAAAAACGCACUUCAAUGAAGAACAUCCUCCAUACGGAUUAAAUCAAUGUUUGAAAAAUAUGACGAAAGAAAGCCAAUCACAAGAUACUCUCACUCAAUGCACUAAAAACGAAUUCACCAAAAGUAUACAAGAAAAAAUAAACGAUUCUCCUCCCUCGAAGAAUAAGAAAUGUUCUCGAGCAAUCAUGGCCCUUGCCAGGAUAAGGGAAGAGGGAAGGAAAAAGCGAGAAAGGGGGAAGGCAGGAGAAGUAAAAAGUGGAGAAGUAAAAAGUGGAGAAGUAAAAAGUGGAGAAGUGAAGAGCGGUGAAGUGAAGGGCAGUGAAGUAAAUGGUAGAAAAGUGAAAGGCGUAAAGGCAAACUGUGGAGAAGAAAAAAUGGGAAGAGCAAAAAUCAACAAAGAUGUGCACAACGAAGCUGCCGAAGAGGUAUACAAGAAUUCCCCUAAUGCAAAACCUCCGAUCGAUAGCAAAAACAAACCAGAAGAAUCUGAACAAACAACCCAAUCAGAUGCUCACAUAAUGAGCACCACAAUUGAAAAGCUGAGGAAAAAUAAAAAACUGCUAUUUCUGUAUACCAUAAAUUGCUUCAGAAUAAUACAAAUAUAUAACAAUAUUUCAUCACUAAUUUUUAAGUACAAAUAUAUAUCUACCCUCUUAAAAAAAAUUGCAUAUCUUGUGAACACACAUAUUGUAGAAUCUGUAUGGAAUUCAUUCAAUUUAUACAUGAACAAUAAUAUGAAAAAUGAAAUAAAUAUUUUAAACGAAAACAGUAUGCCACAUAUAAAUAAAGAAAUUGGAUAUUUGUCUUAUAUGUACAUAAAUUAUUUCUUUAACUUUUUAUCUUGUUUUAUUAUAUAUGACGUUUUUACCUUAUACAAAUUUUGUUCUAAUACGUUAAAUUGUUUGGACAUCCUGAACAAUUAUUUAAAAGAGCUCAUGGAACAUAAAAAGGGAACAUACCUUUGUUCUGUUAUUUUGAAAUUCUAUUUAAUAAUCACAAAUUCGUAUUUUUUUGACUUUUCUUUUUAUAAAAAUACACUUAAUGUGAUAGAACAAGCUGAAGAUAUAUACACCACCACCACCUCUGGACAGAACCAAAUGAAUAUAAUAAAAUACGCUACUGAUAAUUUAAAAAAUAGGAAAAGACAUGAUAUUGGAGAAAUCACCUAUUUUUUGUGCAUUAAAAAAUUAAGUAACGAAUUUAGUAAAAGUAAAUUUUUACAAUUUUUAAUUAACUACAUUAUCAAUAAACUUGACAAUAAUGUGAACAAAUCUAAAGUGGAAAUAGAACAAAACAACCACUUAAUCGUUUUGAUUCUACAAUUGUUGAGCUAUCAGAUCAUAUUUAUUGACAAUAAAAAUGAAAUUUUAAAAUUAGCCAAUGUGUUAGUUAAAUAUAUAAAAAAAAAAGAUCCAUGUCUUCUGAAAACCUACUAUAUAAUCAUAUUUUUUAAUUCCUGUUUUCUCAACUCGUCCUUUGAUGAAAGAAUAAUAAAUUUGUUAUUUACUUUUGAAAAAAAUGAAAAUAUGUGGUUCAACUUAAUAUUUUUACAAAAUAGUAAAAUGAAAAAAAGUAAAGAAAUCUUACUUCUAAUAAAAUUCUCCAUUUUACAUCUUUAUUUAUUACUACUAAAAAAUAAAAACUCCUUCAAAAAAUGCAUACUUUGUAUUUCGAGUGACUUAAAUAUAUAUUUUGUAUUUAUAUACAUUCUCAACGAAAUAUAUGAAUAUUUCAAAAGUUUCAAUUUUGAAGAAAACACUAGCCUCGCAAUGAAAAUAAAGAAAUAUGAAAACAGCACAAGCGAAAUAACAUACAAAAAAAAUAAUAAAAAAUAUUUCUACCUAUAUGCAGAACUACUGGUAAUGGUCACGGAAAUGAUAAAAAUACUAAACAAUAAUGACAUAAAUAAGUACAUAACCAUCCACCAUAAUAAAGAGAAAGAAAAUCUGAUCAUGCAAUUUAAGAACUUGUAUAAAAAAAUAAAAAGUGAAUUAAGGAACUUAGACCAUUUAAUAAAAUUAAUAAAGUGCUAUAUAUUUAUUCACCCCCUUAUGAUUAAUAUUCAUAUAUUACACAAAUUAUACUUAUGUAUAUAUAUAAAAGAGUACCACUAUUUUCACAAGGAAUUUUUUAAGUAUGAUCUAUUUCUCGUAGAUUAUUUAUACCUACUACGAAAAAAAAGAAAAGAAAAAUUUUCAAGCUCUGUUAAAACUCAACAGGAUUCAGAAGCCAGCAUAAUACGCGAAAUUUCUGUGGAAAAUUCCCAAAACGAAAUUAAGGAUGAUGAUAUCAUCAAUAGGAAAAAAAAAAAAGACAAUACAAACAUAUCUGAGUAUGAAAUAAACGAAAAACAAAAAAACUUAAAAAAAACAGAAACACAACAAUCUAACAAUUUCGAGAAACAUAAUAUGCAUUUUUACUUUUUUUUCAAUAGUACUAAAAAUUAUAAUAAUCAAGCCAAUACUUUGUGUUCUUCUAUCCUUCAAAAUGAAUUUCAGCACUCCCUCAGCAAAUUUUUUUCCUCAUUUUUUCAAAAUCAAAACGAUAAUUCUGAAACAUCUUUGCAGUACAACAAUGAAGAGAUCAAGAUAUAUGUUGACUACAUUCAUGACAGUGUUAAUUAUGCUAUCGAAUUUUUUAGUUCCUUCUGA